AUGAAUACUUUCAUCAACAAUGAUGAGUUCAACAAGAAAAAAGUGAUCUUCAUAAUGGGGGCCACAGGAAUGGGAAAAUUCCGUCUCUCCAUUGACGUUGCCACCCAUUUUCGAGGAGAAAUAAUCAACUCGGAUAAAAUGCAAGUUUACAAGGGACUUGAAAUUGUUACAAACAAGAUCACACACGCUGAGAAACAAGGUGUACGACACUAUUUGUUAGGUGAAAUUGAACCAGAUUCAGACAUCACAGCUGAAGAUUUUUGUUUGCAAUCUGUCGUCUAUAUAGAAAAAAUACAGAAGACUCAACGUGUUCCAAUUAUUGUUGGAGGGUCAAAUUCGUAUAUUGAAAAACUUGUGGAAGAUCCUGUGUUCAUGUCCAAAUAUAAGUAUGAUAGUUGCUUUAUUUGGAUUGAUGUUGAGCAAUCAGUCUUGAACCGUAGAGUUAACAUGAGGGUUGAUCAAAUGGUCAAAGCAAGGCUAGUGGAUGAGGUGAGACAGAUUUUCAUUCCAGAUGCAGAUUACACCAAAGGAAUCCGACGGUCCAUCGGUGUCCCUGAAAUGGAAAGAUAUUUAAGGGAAGAAACAAAUAUAGACAGAGAUGAUGAAUCAAAGAAGAUGAUUCUUCAAGCUUCAAUUUCAAGUAUCAAUCGUAAUACUCAAAAAAUGAAUACUUUCAUCAACAAUGAAGAGUUCAACAAGAAAAAAGUGAUCUUCAUAAUGGGGGCCACAGGAACGGGAAAAUCCCGUCUCUCUGUUGACGUUGCCACCCAUUUUCGAGGAGAAAUAAUCAACUCAGAUAAAAUGCAAGUUUACAAGCGACUUGAAAUUGUUACAAACAAGAUCACACACACUCAGAAACAAGGUGUACGACAGUAUUUGUUAGGUGCAUCUGAGCCAACCAUUGGGGCUGUAACUCAAGGAGGAGCAGUGACAAGAGGUCAUGGUAGAGGUCGCAAAAGGAUGCCCACUAGAGGCAGAGGACAAACAUCUGGUCCAGCUAGGAAUAGAGUAGUGGCUGCUCCACUGACUGGUCAGGUAGUGAGAGAGGGUGAAGAAGGGGAAAAUGAGAAGAUUCAGGAUAAGGAAGUACCACCCUAG